CUCCGCCCUCACCCCGUCACAGCGCGUUAACCACGCGUUCACAACCCGCUCCGUGACAGGCUGGUGGAGGGCUGAGGAGAGGCAACAUGGCGCACACCAAAACAAACCAGUAGCUGCUAGCCGCUAGCUGCUAGCCUCGUUAGCGCGGCGCGUGUCCCCGUGGCGGGCUUUCUCCGUGUCGUCGUGUUCUACUCAGAUGAAUAAGGAAGUGAUGUCGCGGGCGGUGAGGAAGCGGCAGGCGGACCCCAAGGUGGUCCAGUACGUGUGGGCCGCCAUCGAGGUCAUCCGCAACCAGAAGCAGAUCGCCAACAUGGACCGCAUCUCCAAGUACCUGAGCCGGGUGUUCGGGAUGCACCCCAAGGAGACGGGCCGGCAGCUCAGCCUGGCGGUGAAGGACGGGCUGGUGGUGGAGACCCUCACCGUGGGCUGCAAGGGCUCCAAGGCCGGCAUAGAGCAGGAGGGCUACUGGCUGCCCGGGGACGAGAUGGAACCCAAGGCAGAGGGCAGCAAGGACUGGGAGGCUGAGGACCAUGACUGGUACUGCUUCCAGUGCCACCUGCCGGGGGAGGUGGUGUCUUGUGACGGCUGCUUCAGGGUCUACCACCUCAAGUGUCUGGGGGAGACGGACAAGACCAGGGACCCCCACACCCAGUGGCACUGCCUCGUCUGCAGGGGCAGUAAAAAGAAGAUUCUGAGUAAACAGGAGAUGUGUAGAUAUCUGCGCUUCAUCGUCACGCGCAUGAAGGAGAGGGCGGUGGAUCUGAAUAAGAAGGGGAAAGACACCAAACACCCAAUGUACAAACGGCUGAUCCACACGGCCCUGGACGUCACCAACAUACAGGAGAACCUGUCUGAGGGGCGCUACAAGAACUUCGAGGAGUUCAAGGCGGACGCCCAGCAGAUCGUCCACAACACGGCCAUCUUGUUCGGAGUGCACAGCGACCAGGCUGAGAUCGCCCGGCUGCUCUACAGCGACACUUGUCACGAGCUGAAUGAGUUGAUGUUGUGUAAGAACUGUUUCUACCUGUCAAACGCCCGGCCGGACAACUGGUUCUGCUACCCCUGUAGCCCGGUCCAUGAGGUGGUGUGGGCCAAGAUGAAGGGGUUCGGCUACUGGCCGGCCAAGGUGUUGCAGCGCGAGGACAACCAGGUGGACGUCCGCUUCUUCGGCCACCAGCACCAGAGGGCAUGGAUCCCGGCGGACAACAUCCAGGACAUCAAGGUGAGCGUGCAGCAGCUGCAGGUGAAGCGUAGCAACGGCUGGAAGAAGGCCUGCGAAGAGCUGCAGCUCUACCAGCGCUUCCUGCGCGAGGGGCGCUACUGGAAGACCAAGGUGGAGGAGGUGGAGGAGGUGGAGGGCGGCCCGCCGGCACAGGACCUGGAGGAGGAGCCGGAGGACGUGGAGGACGUGGAGGAGGUGGAGGAAGAGGAGGACGAAGAGGAGGAGGAGAAGAGAGGCCAGGAGAAGAAGCAGAGGACGGAGAGGACGGACGAGGCGGAGUCCAGCAUCUCCUCCACCAGCAACGAGCAGAUCAGACAUCUCAAAGGAUGUCAGGAGCCCAAAGCCAAGAAGAGCCGUCGCAGUCAGGCAGUGGAGCCCAAAGAAGAGCCCGCAGACCCUGAGCCAGAGAUGGAGGCGGUGAGCUCCAGCCAGCAGGAGGUCCCGGCCUCGUCCUGCGUGGCCCCGCCCCCGGAGCGUCUGUCGGUGUCCACCCAGACGCGGCGGGGCCCCGGGGGGCCGGGGGGCGCGGCCCCGCCCAGGACCCUGCAGCGCGGCACGCAGACGGCCAACGACGGCGCCUGCCACAACCUCUGCCACGAGAAGUACACCAAGAUCUUCACCGACGUCAAGGAGAUGAUGAAGGCCGACAACAAGAGGGAGACGGAGCGGGUGGUCAGGGAGGCCCUGGAGAAGCUGCGGGGGGAGAUGGAGGAGGAGAAGCGCCAGGCUGUCAGCAAGGCGGUGGGCGUGACCCAGGGCGAGGUGGACAGGAAGUGUAAGCAGAUGAAGGAGAAGUGCAAGGAGGAGCUGGUGGAGGAGGUGAAGAAGAUGGUGACCCAACACAAGCAGCUCAUCUCCCAGACCAAGAAGAAGCAGUGGUGCUAUAACUGCGAGGAGGAGGCCAUGUACCACUGCUGCUGGAACACGUCCUACUGCUCCAUCAAGUGCCAGCAGGAGCACUGGCACGCCGACCACAAGCGCACCUGCCGCCGCAAGAGAUGAAACCGUCUCCUCCCCGAGCCCCGCCCCUCCCCUCUGAAACAUUGCGGACCCCCGUGUGUCCGGAGAGAACAGGACGUUGUUCUCCCUCCUAUCCAGCGUUCAGCUCUUUGAUCUUUUAUUUAACGGACCCAUUUACCCAGAGUUCAGUGCGUUUCCCCCUUCCUCUAAUCAUGGACAGUUCAGAGCAUGGCUCAAGAUGAUGUGAUCUAAACGUGUGGUUUUUAAUUUAGCUUUCUUUUCUUACGUGCUCCUUUCAAACUGGUGUCCGAUGACGUGUUAUUUAAGUGUGUAGUAACGAGCUAAUGAGCAUUAACUACAUUUUAUUACCUGGAUUUUGUAAACACUUUUCUUAUUGUGAUGCGACGCGGCGGCCAUCUUGAGCGGAGGCGGAGACUUGGUUCUCCGCGGCGUCCGAUUGGCUCCUCCUCCAUCUAUAGAUGUAUAUAAAUAUCAACGGCCAGAUUUUAACAGUGACAUUUAAUCAUUAACAGCGUAUUCACCCAGAAUAAUCUUCCUUUUUAUUUUUAUUUUAAUAACGACAUGAAUAGCACCUUUUAUCCUUUUUUCCUUUUUUGUGUUUUUCGAUUUCUACUGAAAAGUCACUUAAAUCACUUAUUGAGAUUGGGAACAGGGUUUUUAAAGUUGGCCUUAGAGGUGCAGACAGAGAGUAAUCUUCCAUUUGAUGUGUCCGCACAUGUAAGGGUCGGAUCCCGAUGGACAUCGAUACGAAUCAAAGACGACGUUGGACAUGUUCCGUAGAGUUUAUGUUUUCACUCGUCUGUGCGGAUUAUUUGUAUUUCUUGAUCAUCUCGUCAAACGAAGCAUUUCAACCGACGGAAUGAAGAGCAGACGUUGGACUGAGCGCUGCCUGUCUCGGAGCCCAGAGGAGCCGUGUUCUUGGCGUGUUCUCGGCGUGUUCUCAUGGCGCUCUCAGUCCGGGCGGAGGGAGGAGCCUGAGGACGGACCAACCCUUGGUGGCGGUGAAGGCGUGUCUGGGGGGGGGGGGGGUCCGGGCGCCUCUCUCAGACGGAGCGAGGGGAGGUAUUUAUGCAGCUGUGAGGGCGGCCGGACAGCGUCUCGGUUCAGACUCCCUCCUCCGUGUGGACUCUGUGUUUUUCUACCUGACGACGGCGGCGAUAUAAUCGCCUUUUUAAUGUUGGGGGCGCCGCUCCGAGGGGGCGGAGCCCCGGUCGGUCGGGGGCGUUGCCGCUCCGCGAUGAUGACUUCGGACCGGAGGACGAAGGCUCUGCCCUUUUUAACCUUCUCCCCCCGGUUGUUGGACCCCACCCCCCACCCCCUCCCUCCCCGGAGAGUUUCCUUGGAAACGGACCUGACCCGGUACACCUUGAGGAUUAGUCUACGCCCGGCGCUGGCGUCUCUCUGUUGUACAGGUGAGCUACGGAGAGGUCACGCCCACACGUGGAUUACGGACCCCGCCCCUCCAGCGGGUCUACUACAGGCCCCUCCACCACCACACGGUCCGCUCCGGUUCGCUGCGGUCCAGGUGGUCUACGCGGUCCGGUCCGGCCACGCUGCCACAGCUUAGCAAUCAUCUGAACAGACUCAUGUGUUGUCUUGUGUUUGUGAACCGUCAAAUCAUCAUCAUUUUGUUUUUUUUAAUCAACUUUGCACUACAUGUAAAUAAAAUCUAUAUGACCUGAUUGGUUUCAAAAUGGCGGUCAUCCUGAGUGCGCCAGGGGAGGCCGGAAGGCGUUAUGUUUUGACCUGUGUGGCAUGUUUAGGCGUGGUCGUCGUGGCGACUCGUGUUUGUUUGGGCAUGCGUUGCGUUCGUACUCGCCGUUUUGUGGCCGCCAUCUUGGAGGUCCGUCACAGUUAAACUGUUACAACCUUUAUUUUAGUCGACUCUUUCACUCAACCGGAUAGAAAAACGCUUCUUUUGGUUCUCGUUUCUGAUUUUGCAAAUGAAGUUUUUUUUAUAUUUUUUCUCGUUUUGGAGCGAUCAAAAAGAUUUUUGACGACGUUGCCUGUCAUGUGACAGGAUUACUGCAUGGUCGCCAUUUCUAUUCUGUCCCGCUCUUCAUACCAGACCGUAGACCGCACACCGCAAAUACCGACUGUGUGGGGUCCGCGUGUUGCCGUAUGACACUCGUUGGGGGGUUUAUCGGUCGAUGAUGUCAUCGUGGGACGGAUAUCAGUCGGUUAUCGGUCGGUGAUGUCAUCGUGGGUCGGUGAUGUCAUCUUGGGUCGGUUAUCGGUCGGUGAUGUCAUCACGGGUUGAUAAUCAUUCGGUUAUCGGUGAUGUCAUUGUGGGUCGGUUAUCAGUCGGUUAUCGGUUGGUGAUGUCAUCACGGGUAAUUUAUCGGUCGGUGACUUAAUCGCGGGUCGCUACUCUGCAUCGCUUCGGAUGACAUCAGUGAUGAAUUGGCAUGGGGGAGGCGGUCUAUGAGUGGGAGGCGGUCUUGGAUUCAGACGGCGGCCUCUGGCGGCCAUCUAGUGAGGCGAGGUGUAAAGUAGGACAUGCUGUCUUCUGUUCAUAUGUAAACUAUUAACCGUGGCUUAACAUUUUCUAUGCUCCUGCCAUCCUUUCUGUUCCAGCAUUAGCUAGCAAUAUGUAUAGAAAUAUAUUAUUCUAUGUGCUGCCAUGGACAAAUAAAUGUAUCAACAAGUCAUGCUUCUCUUCGUCUCGACUUCUCUGCCCCAACACCACUGGUGGAGCAAGGCACAACCACUGCCAGGGUUAGGGGUCCUAUUCCCUGUCUAGCUCCACUGGUAGAGCAAGGCACUCGCACUGCAGGGGUUAGCGGUCUUAUUCCCUGUAGGGAAUAGAAUCCUUAAACACCACCGUGAUCCUAACCCGUAGCGAUCUCCGCUCAACCAGAUGGUUGGAGGAGGUAUUGGACAUUGAACUCACGACGAGAACACGACCACCAUGAGCAGGACUUGAUCCGGGUCGGCAGCUCUUCAGUCAGCAGGAGUGACCGCUGCACCACCGAGACCCUGAGUACACAGUCUGAUUUACGUUUGACAUUAAAUAGAUGGAGAUCGAUGCAUUAACUUACUCGACAAUCUUCGAGAUUGAGAGUUUAAAUUCCCUCGACGCCUUGGUGUUAUCGAAGUGACCAACAUGAGCGGUACUCGAACCCACGUCUCCCUGGCUCUGCGCCGUCCUAACCGAGGCUUCAAAGUUAUAAUAGCAAUGGUGCGUAGUUUGAGUAAAAGGAGGUGCAGUUGGUCAUUGGAGUCCCAGCUCUGGUAUAUAUCUGUGGCCGAGGGAAUAGACAAAAAGACAAAGCAAACAUAAUUCUCUUUUAUUGUCAAAAUGAUUUUUAUUAUUUUACUUAUGCCAACUCAAGUAAAUAAGACAUUUCAUAUCCUUAAAAAAAACGUCAGCAAGUUACUUGGCUGAUUGAAGAAACGGAGACAAAACAGUGAGGAAAGUGCUUGUAAAAAAAUAAAAGUUCCGUGUUGUUGAAGGAGCGACGGUCGGUCCUGCGGUGAUUGUCCGGGUGUCAUCCCGGUAUGAACCGGCGACACUGCUACAUACCGGUGUAUUUACAAUGCUAACGCUGCCUACUCAAUUUAACGUUGUGGUCCAGGGCCCUCAGCCGACUCCUGAAAGGUGGAUAGUUUUAAAGAGAGCCAGGCUCUAAUCGGGAACAUGAAACGCGGUAUUGCAGUCGCGUAAUUUGAAGCCUGGGUACAAAACGGACAAUGAAGAUAUGCUGAUCGAUCGACUGAUAAACAACGACAUCAGCCGAGGUAUGGAUUCACUGUUUGUUUUUUUCUUUUAAAUGGAGGAGUUUCAUUCAGAAACACAACAUAUGGCCACAGGCUUAUUACACCUUGAACAGUGAAUACUUUAUUCAUGUCGUCAUUAUUUAAAAUGCUGAUCAAUAAAUUGACUGGAAUCACUUCUUCCUUUUGAUUUCCUUUUCUAAUAUUCCCAGAAAAUGGUCUGGUAAUUGUAAAAAGGUCACUUUUCUUAAAAGACCCAAAGAAAAUUCUUGUCAAAAAAACACUGAAAUCUGACAAAGAAUGGCACAUAUUUUAAAGCUUAGCUUUGAGGAACCAUUAGUGGCACUUAAUUAUGACGUUUAAAAUUAUACUCCUCAAUUCUUCACUUCCGUCCCCAAAAAAUCGACCGACUCAAAUUCUUGUAUUUCGCUUUACCACCGGGGUCGGAGUGCACAUGGUCAGCACCAAUACAGAUCUAUAUUCAUAGAUCUAUACAUCUAUACCAAUAUACCUAUAAUCAUAGAUCUAUUGCUCUAUAUUCAUAAAUGUACAGAUCCAUAAUCCUAUAUCCAUAUAGAUCUAUAAUAAUAGAUCUAUAUUCAUACCUCUAUAGACCUAUAUUUAUAAAUGUACUGAUCUACAAACCUACAUCUAUGGAUCUAUAUUCAUAGAUCUAUAGAUCUAUAUUCAUAGAAUCAUCCCUCCAUAGAGACAUGGUUCCACAGGAGAUAAAACAUUUUAUACCGAGAACCUCCUAGAACCACUCCAUAG